AGUGGCAGGAAUAGUGCCCCAUCAUUGGUAUCAGUGGCAGGAAUAGUGCCCCAUCAUUGGUAUCAGUGGGGGAAUAGUGCCCCAUCAUUGGUGUCAGUGGGAGGAAUGGUGUCCCAUCAUUGGUGUCAGAGGGGGGGAGGAAUAGUGCCCCAUCAUUGGUGUCAGAGGGGGGGGGGGGGAAUAGUGCCCCAUCGUUGAUGUCAGAGGGGGGAGGAAUAGUGCCCCAUCGUUGGUGUCAGAGGGGGGAGGAAUAGUGCCCCAUCGUUGGUGUCAGAGGGGGGGAGGAAUAGUGCCCCAUCGU